ACGACCACGACUUGCGCCAAAAGCAAUCUGCCACCUGAUACUUGGCUUCAAAAGUCAACUACAACCGCCCACACCAUGACUACCUUCGAACCUUCGCUCAGCGCCAGCAUGCGCGCCUCUUCGCACGAUGUGCCGUCCAUGGCUGACCAGCUGCCCUCGAUCAAUUUCGGCUUCGAAGACCUGCGCAGCCGCAUGAACCAGUUCACUGCGCGCUUCGACGACUUCAUUGAAAAAGGACGGAGACGCGUGUUGGAGGAGCGCAACCAGUUCCGCGUGAAUGUUGCAGAAAUUCAAGAGGACCAGCGCAUGAAGAAGCGCGAUAUAGAGAUCCUCUCCCUCAAGCAAACGCAGCACUCGCAGAAUCUCGCCAAAGAGUCCGCCGAAACCUCAGAGAUGCACGCCGCCAUUGGCACCCUGACCAUGCAGCGCGACGAGCGGAUGACCCACCGCGACGCCCUGCGUGCCCAGAUCGCCGAAGUCCAAAAGUCCAUCUCCGCACGGCGCGAAGCGCAGCUCAAGCACCGCCGCUACCUCGAUGGCCAGAGCCGGUACAAUGAGCCCGAGCUGGAGUUUUGGGAGAGCUAUCUGGGUCUAAGGAUCGAGGGACUAGGCAAGGAAGACAGCCUGAAAUUCGUGUAUACGAAUGUAUGUGAGCGCGAAUGGGACCGGGAGGCCUGGUUCGAGCUCGAUACCAGUGAGCGGGAGUACAAAGUCGGAGAAGUGAGGCCAAAGGUGGAAAGGGAGGAGAUUGAUCGCGUCUUGGAACGCCUGAACGAGACGAGGGACCUUGCAGCGUUCUUGAAAGGCAUGCGAGAGCUGUUUGUAGAGGCGCUGAAGUAGGGCCAUGUGUUUUAUUCUCGCGGUCGGGUCAGGUUCAGGGUCGUUUGAAGCGUUUGGCAGGGACUGGUGUAACG